AAUUAACUCUGCUUUGCAAGCACUUCAGUUCCUUGUAAAAUGACUGAUAUCCAGAUGUUGCUGUGGUUCUAAUCUGAUGUGUUGCAAUAUCAACUCUGACCUGGAGGCGUUCCUCAGAACGCAGACUCACUCUUACUCUGGACCCUCAAAGCUCAAGAUGCGCUCGCUGGGACCUUUUAGCCUUUUUUUGGUGGCGCUCUUCGCCUGUGUAAAUAACACUUUUCCACCACCAUGUGACAGUCAAAUCUACUGCCGUGGGCCCAUUUUGCAUCAAGUGCAAAUGGCCAAAUUCUUCGACGAUGACAAGUACUUUGUUGACAUGAAGCUGAGGGAAUCUCCUGAUGUGGUUUUGUCUGCUUUUCGCAACCUUACAAAUGAAUCUGCGAACCAGAUGGUCGCGCCUGCGAAACUGAAGGAGUUCCUAAACGCAUACUUUGAGAAACCAGGGACAGAGUUUGAGUCGUGGACUCCACCAGACUGGCAUGACAAGCCAAAGUUCCUGGAAGGAAUAGCAGACGAAGAAUUAAGAAAGUGGGCAGGAAAGAUUCAUUUACUGUGGAAGUCGCUCGGCAGAAAGAUCAGUGCAGGUGUUAGAGACCAGCCAGAACUCUACUCGCAAAUAUACACCCCACACCCCGUGGUAGUUCCCGGGGGCCGCUUCAGGGAGCUCUACUACUGGGACUCCUACUGGGUCAUCAACGGGCUCCUGCUGUCAGAGAUGACCGACACGGCCCGCGGGAUGAUACAGAACUUCCUCCACCUCGUUAACCGAUAUGGCUUCGUUCCAAACGGUGGGCGGAUUUAUUAUGAAAGGCGCAGUCAGCCUCCAUUCCUCACUCUCAUGGUGGAGAGCUACUAUCGAGCAACCAAGGACAGAGAGUUCCUCAGAGCAGCGUUACCGGCUUUGGAGCAGGAGUACAAUUUUUGGAUGCACAACCGGUCUGUGAGGGUGCCACUAAAUGGAACGGAGCAUCUGAUGAACCGGUACCACGUGCAGGUGGACUUUCCCAGGCCAGAAUCCUACACAGAUGAUCUGGAAUUGGCUGAAGGACUCACGAAUGUGCGUAAGGAGCAGCUGUGGAUGGAUCUGAAAGCGGGAGCAGAAUCAGGCUGGGAUUUCACUUCCCGCUGGUACGCUUCCGGGUACGACGGCACUAACGGCAGCCUGGGGGAGACCAGCACCAGUCAGAUCGUGCCCACUGACCUCAAUGCUCUCAUGUGCCUCAACGAGAGGACUCUUGCUACAUUUCACAGGAUACUGGGUGAUGGCAACUCAAGCGCUCUGUAUGACGAAUAUGCAGCCCGCAGAGUGGAGGCGAUCGAGUCCGUGCUGUGGGAUGCGGAGCGGGGAGCCUGGUUUGACUUCAACCUGAUGACACGCUCCAAACGCUUUGAGUUUUACCCCUCAAACCUGGCACCUGUUUGGGCAGAGUGCUACUCUCGGCCUGACAUGGCAGAGAAUGCAGUAAAGUAUCUGAAGGAAAGUAGUGCUCUGCAGUUCCCGAAUGGAGUCCCAACAUCGCUAAGAGAGACUGGCCAGCAGUGGGACUAUCCUAAUGCAUGGCCUCCUCUACAACACAUGCUCAUCCAUGGUUUAUCCAAACUGCCUUCAAACGAUGCUAAUCAACUUGCAUUUGAUUUGGCACAGCGUUGGAUCAAGACUAACUGGCUGGCGUACCUGAAAUAUGAAGCCAUGUUUGAGAAGUAUGACGUGAACGGCGAUGGCAAACCCGGUGGUGGAGGAGAAUAUGAAGUUCAGCUGGGCUUUGGCUGGACCAAUGGUGUAGCCCUGCAGCUCCUGGACCAGUAUGGGGCGACACUCGCCUCAGGAAGCAGAAGCGUGUCUCCUGGCCUCCUGCUGCCUCUGGUCAUCUCAGUCGCUCUCAUGCUUCAGUGAAUUGGAGGUGGCAAAAAAAGCCGUAUUGGAGGUUUGGUUUUAUUUCUGGUUUCACUGCACUGCAUCACUCUUCCACUGGCAGACUUCAAACACACGAGUGGACAUGAAAAGUCUUGCUACAUUUUUCACUUUUUUCAUGUUUUCUAGAUUUUUUUUCUUCUAAUAUGAUCAGACUAACUUUCAUAGAGAGUGAAAAGGAUACAAUAUUCUCAAAAAAAACCCUCCUUUGAUGAUUUUUUUUGUAUUUAUCCUCUGAGCUAAAUGAUCUCUGGCAAUAUCAGAUGAUGCAGAUCAUGUGGGCCCUUCUGGUCACAGUUGCUCACAUCACAUCCCUGAUGUCUAACUGACCUUGCAGACUCAACUAAAUCAAUUACUUGGUGUAUUGCUUAACUAAGGUGGAAUGUAUUAAUGUUGAAACUGUUGGACUCAAGACAAUGUUAUUUAACCUUUACAAAUCAACCGAGGAACUUGGAGACUUCCAUGUUAAAUAAAGUGACUUCUGCCCACCGA